AUGCAGAAGAGCCAACCGGGGGCAGAGAAGACUAAACUCCUCCUUCCACCGCCCAUUCCUACCUCCUGCCACCCCUCCCUUUGCUCCCCGCUCCAAACUCAAAUGCCUUCACGGGAGGAAGAGAGCAAAGAGACCCAGGGAGAGAGGAGGAGGAAAGCAAUGGGCAGAAAAAGAGGCAUGAGCGCAAAGGGGAGGGCCCAGGAGCGAGCUGUGAGUGGAGAGGGAGCUCAGCUGAUGAUGAAACAGGAACGUAUGGGGGGGGUCCGCUACGCCGUUCUAUCAGCAGCGUGA